CAUGGCGGAUUCCUCGCGCACAGUAGAGUGUGAAAUAUUUACUGGUAAAGAAAUGGACACUCAAAUGGAAGAACGUGUGAGUAAUGAGAAUGGUGGUGAAUGUGACAAGGAAGAGGACGUGACUAACACUCAAACAGAGGACCCUUUCAAAAAACCUGCUCUCUUUGCGGCGCCUUCGCUCAUGAGUAAACGAGGUCUUGUCGCGAGCAGAGCACCAAAAAAGCCUACACAUGAAGAAAAUGGCGACAAAGAACAACUACAACCAUCUACUUCUGAUAGUAGUGAGGCAUCUUCAGAUGAGCAAACCACCCCUUCCACGUCGGAUAAUGACAACACAACCUCACGGAAAGGUGCAGAGAGCGAAAAACAUCCCGAAAAAGACAAGACUAGUGAUGGUGUAGCCGCAAAGACCAAACUGCAAGACGUCCAACCCCCACCAAGAUUUCCUGUCAAAGGAACACCUAUUGGCAAAUUUAAACCCCACCCUCCUGUUCCAUACGCCGAACCUCCUUGGGCAGGAGUGGCAGAUGUCCCAUAUUCCCUAGAAACCCUCAAGAAUGGCACUAUAGUUGAUACGGUCCCACUCACCCAGCAGAGUUAUUUUGUGGUCGGGCGUUUACCUGUGUGUGAUGUAUCCCUGGAACACCCCUCAAUCUCCAGGUAUCACGCUGUCAUUCAGUACCGUGGGCUGGCAGGAGAGGAGGAGGCAGUUGGAGAGGCGAGAGGGUUCUAUGUCCAUGACCUGGGCAGCACACAUGGUACAUUCGUCAACAAGAACAAGAUACCACCGAAUACCUACAUCAGAGUGCGGGUUGGGCACGUACUCAAAUUCGGGGGAAGCACUAGACUUUUCAUCAUGCAGGGUCCAGAGUUUGACGAAGAGGCGGAGUCAGACCUGACUGUCACAGAGCUGCGGGAGCGAGCCAGGAAGCAGCGGGAGGACCUGGAGAGGAGGAUGAUGGGAGAAGGCUCGGAUGAGGAGGAAAAGGAAGAGGGGAUAGAAAGCAGUGGCAUCAGGGGAAAGAGUUUAAACGAUGAUUCGGGCUGUUCCUGGGGAAUAGAUGAUGAGGCAGCCCCUGAAGAGGAUGAGAACGAGGAGAACCCCUUCUCCACAGAGUUCCAGGAGGACCAAGAGGCUGCUUACCUGAAGGACCCUAAGAAAGCACUGCAGGGCUUCUUUGACAGAGAAGGGGAAGAGCUCGAGUUUGAGUAUGAAGACAAAAGCCACGGUACCUGGCUCUGCAGAGUAAAGCUCCCAGUGGAUGACGCUUCAGGGAAGCAGCUGGUCGCUGAGGUGACCCACAUAGGGAAGAAGAAAGAUGCGGCCAUCCAGUCUUCCCUGGAGGCGUGUCGCAUCCUGGAGGCCCGGGGCCUGCUCAGGCAGGAGGCAGUUUCCCGUAAGCGCAAGAAGAAGAACUGGGAGGACGAGGAUUUCUAUGACAGUGACGAUGAUAACUUUCUGGACCGCACCGGUGCUGUGGAGAAGAAGAGACAGGAGCGCAUGAAGAGGGCGGGAAAGAUUCAAGAGCGCCCGGACACUUACGAGUCACUGGUGGCCAAACUGUUGGUGGUUGAGAAGGAGCUGGCAGAGACCGAGAAGAAGCUCAGUGCUACAGGGAGAGACGGCUCUCACUCGUCCUCCGAGGACCCCCUGGAUGCCUUCAUGGUCGCUGUGCGCAGCGAGGCGGCGCUGGACGGAGUGGAGCGCCGUAAGCUGCACGUGCACGCCGCCGACCUGCGCAAGGAGGCCCAGAGACUGCGUCGGCUGGUGGAGCUCACGCGGCCAGCCCAGAUGCCUUCACUGCAGACGGGGAGUGGGUCGUCCGACGCAGACAAGCCUAAGAAGCGAUCCCUACCGCUGUUUGGUGCCAUGAAGGGAGGCGCCAAGUUCAAACUGAAGACUGGGACCAUAGGGAAGUUGCCCCCGAAGCGAGCCAACCUGCCCGCAGAACUCUUUAACAUGAAAGGAGAGGAAGAGGAGGAAGAAGAGGAGGAGGAUGACAACAAAGGGAGUGAAGACUUGACUGAGGCUGACAUCCAGGCUGAGGAACCCCAACGGUCCAAUGAAAGCACUGAUUCCACAGAGGGCUGCAGUACAGGAUGCCAGAGGCAGGACCCACCUCUGUCCCAACUCCCCAGAGGGGAAAAGCUGUCCCAGAGAAGUAUAGAUGUAGAGGAGCCUGAGGAAACCAUGGAAGAUGCGCCUCUCGGCCGUUUAAAGCCCUUACCAGACCCUAAAGAAGGGGGCAAGGAGGCGGCAGCUGCCAAGCCUAGUCCUAAAAAGUUCUUGAAAAAAAGAACCACCGGCCCCAACAGACCUCCAACCGCCCAAUCAGGACCGUACCCUGAGGAUGACCCAGACUAUUGUGUCUGGGUGCCCCCCACAGGUCAGUCUGGGGAUGGCCGCACCCACCUCAACGAAAAGUAUGGCUACUGAACACAAGGCUCAAACUUUUGACCCUUUUUUUCCUCAACUCCACCCACCUGCAGACUUAGCAGCAACACACAAACAGGCCUCCACCCCCUCAGUAUCUAUUUGUGUUCUAUGACACUCCUGAGUAAGGGAUAUUGCAUACAACAUACACUACUGUUCAAAAGUUUAGGGUCACUUAGAAAUGUCCAUUAAAAUAACAUCAAAUUGACAGACGUCUCACAAGUCCU